GGAAUUGGGAGCUUUGCAUUCAGAGGAACACGCACAGCCAUGUGUGCGUAACAAACCCGGGUCCCCAGAUCCUCAAAGCCCCAAGCUGCACUUCCCCCUUCCACUGCUGGAAAACACCUGUGUGUUUCAACUAACUCCGCGUCAGCCUACAAGCCUUCAUAAAGCAGCAGCGGUGGCUCCUCCUUCCUCUGGCUCUGUGGUUACCGGGGUGUCUCCUUGUAGGACAAAUGGUGGCACUCCCUGGCCAGGAGAUCCCAGUGGCUAAACUAUCUGCUGUCCACAUCAAAGCUCCAAGAUAUGCAGAAAUUUCCUGCAGGGCCCGACACCCCAGCAUGAAGCUGUGCCGGUGGAGACUGGGGCCUCUGGGCCGCGCUGUCCGGUGGCUCUUGCUGCUGGCGCUGCUGCUCUUCCUCCUGUUGGCCCUGCCUUCUCUUGUUAAGGAACCCAGUACAAAGCCGUCCAGGCACCAGAAUAUGGAGAACAUGAAAGAAAGGUCUCUGGAGUGGCUACAGAAUGCUACACCCCAGGCACCCACAGCAGAAAGGAGGACAGCUGGCCGUGCGGCGUCAGCACAAGGGGACAGCAAGCUGGGGGCAGGCCCCGUGGCUGCCGGCCACCCUGCUGACUGGAGGGCAAGAGCAGGGGCCGUCUGGGCCAUAGCAGAGGAGAGGGGCAGCAUGCCUGGCACAGCAAAGCCGCCGUCAUGGAAGAGCCGGGACACCGCGGGGGACAUGCUGUCCUGGGGAUGGCAGGGCGGGGAGAUGGCCUCUGACCGUACAGAGGUACUAUCGCUGAAGAGCUGGGACAGGAGGACAACCAGAGGAAGGAGGGGUUGGCCGCGGAAGCCAGCCGCCCCGAGGACAGCGCCAGGGAGGCAUUGGGGCAAAGGGGUGGCCACAGCAAAGAUGCCCAUUGGAGAAAGUCAGGCCGAAGUGUGGACCACCCCAGGGCCAACGGGAAGGAGAACAGGAGGAGCGGCCCCCACGGGCUCCCAGGCCACCCUGCCUUCUGCCCCUUUCCAGGGCCUCGCCACACAGAGAGGCCAGAGGCUGCGGGCCAGCAAUUUCCGCUCUGAGCCUCAGUGGGAUUUUGAGGAAAAUUACAGCUUGGACAUUGGGGGUCGACAGACGUCCAGCCCCUGGCUGUGGCCCUCCUGGGCCUCUCCCUGCCCUGACCCGUCCUCCUGCACGCAGACCUGCCCUGAUUCACUGAAGGUCAAAGCCUCCAAGUCACUCUGGUUCCGGAAACUCUUUCUGGCCAACCUCACCCUCUUCCUGGACUCCAGACAUUUCAACCGGAGUGAGUGGGACCGCCUGGAGCACUUUGCCCCGCCCUUUGGCUUCAUGGAGCUCAAUUUUUCCUUGGUGCAGAAUGUGGUGACACGCUUCCCCCCAGUGGCAGAGCAGCAGCUGCUCCUGGCCAGCCUCCCAGCGGGGAGCUCCCAGUGCAUCAGCUGUGCCGUGGUGGGCAACGGGGGCAUCCUCAACAACUCCCGCAUGGGCCGAGAGAUAGACGGCCACGACUACGUGUUCCGCUUGAGCGGAGCUGUCAUCAAGGGCUACGAACAGGAUGUGGGGACUCGGACGUCUUUCUACGGCUUCACUGCCUUCUCCCUGACCCAGUCACUUAUUAUACUGGGCAGUCGGGGCUUCCAGCACGUGCCUCUGGGGAAGGAUGUUCACUACCUGCACUUCCUAGAAGGCACCCGGGACUAUGAGUGGCUAGAAGCACUGCUUCUGAAUCAGACCCUGGUGAAAAAUAACCUCUGGUCCAGGCGCAGGCCCCUGGAAGCUUUUCGGGAAGCCUUGCAUCUGGACAGGUACAUGUUGCUGCACCCAGACUUGCUCCGCUACAUGAAAAACAGGUUUCUGAGGUCUAAGACCCUGAAAACUGCCCACUGGAGAAUAUACCGCCCCACCACUGGGGCCCUUAUGCUGCUUACUGCCCUUCAGCUCUGUGACCAGGUGAGUGCUUAUGGCUUUAUCACCGAGGGCCAUGAGCACUUCUCUAAUCACUACUAUGAUAAGUCAUGGAAAAAAACCAUCUUUUACAUCAACCAUGACUUCAAUUUAGAGAAAACACUGUGGAAGCGGCUACAUGAUGAAGGUAUAAUCUGGCUCUACAAGCGUCCUGUGACUUCCACACCAAAGAUCUGACCUGGCUACAGCAGUUCCUUCAGCCCACCAAGGUGCAGGGUGCGGUGGGAGUCUGAGACCGUUCUAGCAUUUUCCCAGGGCUCAGACCAGCUCCAAGCCCCCCAGACUUGCAAGGGAACAAUGGUGUGGCAGCGGGGCUGUCCUCAGGGCUGCAGACCUCUGACAGCUUUGGGGGACUUUGGAAAGUUGCUGCAGGUCUGUUCUGUGGAAGGGGCGCUCUGCUCUUGAGACCAAGGAGUUUUAACUAAACGGGGUGAUGAACGGUUAAUACCAUGACUCCUGCUGAAAUCAUCAUUCAUGGCCCAAAAGUCACCUGGUGCAGGCGAAAGAGCCUGACUUUCUGGAGACAAAGAGAUUUGGAUUUGAAUUCCAGAUCUUCUAUUGAGUUGCUGUGAAGUCUUGAAGGCAUUAUUUAAUUUCACUCUAGAUCAUCUAGAGGAGCCCUCCAGGGGUUAUCUGCUUCUAGAAGGAUCUGUGCCUUUCCUUGCCAUUUGAGCUACGUGACAACUCUCAGGGUUGUAGAAAACUGAUAAUCAAAAAAUGGAGAUGCAAGUAAAUUAUGUACAAUAAAGAUGCAGGCAAUGAUUCUCCUGUGGCUGGAGACCAGUUUUGUACCUAUUAGCAAAUUCAUUUUUGCAUCCCUGAUUGUCCCUGUGCGUGUCUGGACUUUGGGUUGUCCUCUGAACCAGUGUUACAUCUUACUAGUUUCUCCAUUGAUUAGUGAGCUCAAUAAAAUCUUUAGCAUGUGUCCAUUUUAUAUUUGUAUUAGAAUCACAAUUAUACCUUUUAAAAAAAAUCAUCCUUUAACUUUUUCUAACCUGUGAAAUGACUUCUAGGACAUCCAUUUCUCAGGGAUUUACUACUGUACAUAAAAAGCCUGGCGCAACAAGAAUCCAGUCUUCCUUCUCCUUUCACUCUUUUAAUCUCCCGUCACUCCUGCGUUUUCUCAAAUCCCAUAAUGAGAAUUGCGGCUCAGCCAAAGGCAUUUCCAUUCAUCUUCCCUCUGUGAGCUCUAUCUCUAGGAUUUGGACUCUAAAGCGCAGAGGAAUUCCAAAGAUGGUAAACAGAGUACGGGCCCUCAGUGAUGGUAUAGAAUGUCUUAAAAAAGCAAGUUCCCUUUUAGCUUCAACGCUCAGCGUUCAGGAUUCCAAUGCGAGUUAAGAACAGGACCAGACUAGCUUUGUUCAAAAGGGGUGCAGUACCAGCUCCUGGCGGCAGGGGGAGGCACCUUGGUGCCCUUCCUCCGUGGUGCCCAGCUUUUCUUUUUCAGGUUUUCCUAGUCAUUCUUACGUGUUUAUUCUUCCAUACGAAUUUUGGUAUCCGUUUAGGAUCUAGAAAUAAAAUUUUUUGUAUUUUUAUUGGAGUUGCAUUAUAUUUACCAAUUUACUAGAGGAGAACUGACCGAUGUAUUACAUGGAGUCAUCCUUUCCGGGAACCGGAGGACUCUCCGUUUGUACAGAUCUACUUCCCUGUCUUUCAGGAGUGUUUUAAUGUUUUCCUCAUACAGAUUUUGAACACUUCCUAUUGAAUUUGUUGCUCAGUAUUUUAUUUGUUGCUUUUGUAAGUGGGUCUUCUCUACAUUAUAUCUUUACCUGGUUAUUGUUUAUGUUUAUGAAGGCUAUUGGUUUCUGUAUGUUAAUUUUAUAUCCUGCUAGUUAAUUAUGUCAAUAUUAUAUAAUAUAUUCUAUCAUAUGCCAUCAGUAGAGGAUCUCCAAAUCUACCUCCUCAGAUUUAAACUCAGGCUACCAAAACAUAAAGGCUGAGCCUCAUUUAUCCGGGUC